AACUCUUUGCAAAUACUACCUGGGUCUAUAGGGAAGUUAAAGCAGCUGGUGUAUCUGGAUAUGUCAAAAAACAGGAUAGAAACUGUCGAUCUGGACAUCUCGGGUUGUGAAGGACUUGAAGAUCUCUUAUUGUCAUCCAAUAUGUUGCAGCAACUGCCAGACUCCAUAGGACUAUUGAAAAGGCUAACAACUUUAAAAGUUGAUGACAAUCAGCUUACAAUUCUGCCAAAUGCAAUUGGAAAUUUAUCCCUAUUAGAAGAAUUUGACUGCAGCUGCAAUGAAUUAGAGUCCUUACCUUCUACCAUUGGCUACCUUCAUAACCUGAGGACAUUGGCUGUGGAUGAGAAUUUCCUUCCUGAAUUGCCCAGAGAAAUUGGAAGCUGUAAAAACGUAACAGUUAUGUCUCUGCGCUCUAACAAGCUAGAAUUUCUUCCUGAUGAAAUUGGUCAGAUGCAGAAGCUGAGGGUGUUAAAUCUGAGUGAUAACAGAUUGAAGAAUUUGCCCUUCACUUUUACUAAACUUAAAGAACUUGCAGCUUUGUGGCUUUCUGACAACCAGUCCAAGGCUCUCAUUCCGCUGCAAACCGAAGCUCACCCAGAAACAAAGCAGAGAGUACUGACUAACUACAUGUUUCCCCAGCAACCCCGCAGCGAUGAAGAUUUCCCGUCAGACAGUGACAGUUUUAACCCUACCUUGUGGGAAGAGCAGAGACAGCAACGUAUGACGGUUGCCUUUGAGUUUGAAGAAAAAAAGGAAGAAGAGGAAAAUCCAGGGAAGGUUAAGGUUGAAAUAAAUCUAAAACGUUAUCCUACUCCAUACCCGGAGGAUUUAAAGAAUAUGGUAAAAUCGGUUCAAAAUCUGGUGGGCAAAACAAGCCAUGGAGUACGGCCUGAGAACUCAACACCAACUGUGAACAGUGAACAAACUGUGAAAGAGACAUAUGAGCACAAGUGGCCCAUGACACCAAAGGAGAUUUCAGUGGAGGAUGCCUAUGGACAUCCUGCCAGUGAGAUGAGGAUAGGGGAGCUUCGUCCUUCCAUGCCGGAGACGCCGCUGUACACACCUAAACUCGUUCUUCUGGGUAAAGAGAAGAAAGAAUCGACAGAUGAAUCUGAAGCAGAUAAGAUGCACUGUCUGAAUAACAGCGUUUCCUCAGGCACUUACUCAGACUAUUCCCCUUCCCAGGCUUCCUCAGGGUCCUCCAAUGCACGUGUUAAAAUGGGGUCCUUGCAGACAACGGCUAAAGAAGCAGUGAAUAAUUCUUUGUGGGGGAACAGGCUGGUGCAGUCAUUUCCUCAGCCCCUCGAAACAAAGCCAUUACUGAGCCAGCGGGAAUCUGCUCCAGCAGGAAACCUGCCGCAGCGCAACGACAGGCGCCCCAUGAGCGACACCUUCGCUGACAGCUGGAACGAUGGUUCGCACUACGAUAACACAGGGUUUGUUGCAGAGGAGAGCACAGUGGAAAAUCCCAGUGCUAACCCUCUCUUAAGCACUAAAUCUAGAAGCACAUCUGCACAUGGACGCAGGCCGUUAAUUAGACAAGACAGGAUAGUUGGCAUUCCCCUGGAGCUUGAGCAGCCUACACUCAGAAACACACAUGAAUCUGAAGUGCCUCCUUCCAAUCCUUGGCAAAAUUGGACCAGAACUCCUAGUCCUUUUGAAGACAGGACAGCUUUUCCUUCCAAACUGGAAAAUACCCCCACCACCAGCCCUUUGCCUGAGCGGAAAGAUCAUGUCAAAGAGUCUCCGGAAAUAGCUAGCACUUACACUCCAGGAAUAGCAUGGGAAUAUCAUGAUUCAAAUGCUAACAGAAGUCUCACGAACGUCUUUUCACAUAUUCACUGUCGCCCAGAACCUCCUAAAAGUGUUAUUUCAAUCAGCAAGAGUACAGAAAGGCUUUCUCCGAUGAUGAGAGAUUUAAAAACUAAUAAAUUUAAGAAAUCACAGAGUAUCGAUGAAAUCGACAUUGGUACAUACAAAGUUUAUAACAUACCUUUAGAAAACUAUGCAUCCGGUAACGAUACCGUAGGAACCCACGAGAGAGUAGAUAAGCUGCUAGGACAGGAGCACGGGCUGCUGAGCAUGUCUCGCAGCCAGUCCGUGCCCAUGCUGGACGAUGAGCUGCUCACCUACGGCAGCGUCAAGGUGCAGCAGCAGCAGCCAAAGCCGCCCGUGACCAAGAAAGUCUACCAGUUUGACCAAAGCUUCAAUCCGCAGGGCGCCGUGGAAGUCACGGCAGAGAAGAGGCUACCGCCACCUUUCCAACACAAUCCCGAGUACGUUCCCCAGCAGAGUAAAAACCUGCCCCAGGAGCUGGUCAGCCCGAGGGCCUACCAUGGUUACCCUCCCAUGGAGCACAUGUUCUCCUUCUCUCAGCCUUCGGUGAACGAGGAGGCUGUCAGCGUCCCCUUUGUGAGCCAGGGCUCGAGGCCGGGUUUUCUGAGAAGAGCAGAUUCGUUGGUGAGCUCCACUGAAAUGUCAAUGUUCAGAAGAGUGAGCGAGCCCCAUGAACUGCCUCCAAGCGAGAGGUAUGGCAGGCCUCCGUAUCGAGGAGCUGUGGAGCGCCAAAGCAGUAUCUCAGUGUCUGAAUCUCAGUUCCUCAAAAGGAAUGGCAGGUAUGAAGAUGAACAUCCUUCAUAUCAAGAAGUGAAAGCCCAGACUGGCAGCUUUCCAGUUAAAAACCUUACCCAAAGGAGGCCAUUGUCUGCGAGAAGCUACAGUACAGAGAGUUAUGGUACAUCCCAAACCAGGCCAGUUUCAGCUAGGCCUACAAUGGCAGCUCUGCUGGAAAAGAUACCGUCAGACUAUAACUUGGGUAACUAUGGUGACAAGCCUUCAGAUAACAGUGAUAUAAAGACAAGGCCUGCCCCUGUGAAGGGAAAUGAGAGCUGUGCUAAAAUGCCCGCUGACUGGAGACAACAGCUACUUAGACAUAUAGAAGCUAGAAGGUUAGACAGGAGCCCGUCGCAGCAGAGCAGCGUGCUAGACAACGGGCAGGAGGAGGUGGCGGCCGGCAGCCCGUGGAACCCCUACCCGCUGGGGCGGCGCGACGUGCCCCCGGACACCGGCACCAAGAAGGCAGGUAGCCAUAUCCAGACUCUAAUGGGCUCCCAAAGCCUCCAGCACCGGAGCCGCGAGCAGCAGUACGAAGGGAACAUGAACAAGGUGACGAUCCAGCAGUUCCAGCCGCCGCUGCCCAUCCAGAUCCCGUCCUCGCAGGGCUCGCGCGCGCCGCCGCCGGGGCGCUGCCUCAUCCAGACCAAGGGGCAGAGGAGCACGGACGCCUACCAGGAGCAGUUCUGUGUGAGAAUAGAGAAGAAUCCUGGCCUCGGUUUUAGUAUCAGUGGUGGAAUCAGUGGACAAGGAAAUCCGUUCAAACCUUCUGACAAGGGUUCAGCCUGACGGACCAGCGUCCAGCCUGCUGCAGCCUGGCGAUAAGAUUCUCAAGGCAAACGGGCACAGUUUUGUACAUCUGGAACAUGAGAAAGCUGUACUGCUACUGAAGAGUUUCCAGAAUACAGUAGACCUAGUUAUUC